CGUUUGACCUGGCUAAUGAUACGGAGAUGAGACAGGUCCUCCAAGGCAACGCGAUGAAAGGUAUGACACACCACGUUAAGACGUUUGAGGGUCCACUUUGGAAGAGCUCCAGGUUCUUUGGAUGGCGCUCUUACUGGGUUGUCCUCCAAGAUGGUGUCCUGUCUUGGUACCCCAAGCAGUCUGAUGCUGCAGCCAACACCCGUAGACAAGGAUGCAAAUCCCUUACUCAGGCCCACUGCGUGCUUAAACCGCGAGAUAACUGCUAUUUCACACUCAAGUGCUUUGAUGACAGUGUCCAUCAUUUCAAAGUGUCACCCAAGAAUGAGCCAGAGGCCACGAGAAAAAGGUGGCUGGAUGCUUUGGAGGAGCACGCUGCCUUCAGCACACACUACUGCUCUCAGGAUCAGGCUAGUGUAGAGGAAGAGGAGGAGGAGGAGGCAGUGUCACUGGGUGAGCUGACCAAGUCUCUGCAGCGGGCAGAGGCCAGUCAUCAAAAGUUGGAGGCAGACAUCUUGACUCUGCUGUCCAUGGUGAAGGAGAAUGGACUAGCAGAAGCACUGCCAGCUGGGGUACUGCAGAAGGUCAGAGAGGUGUGUGAGGCAUCUAGUGAGACCUGUUCCUCCCUGCGUCAGUGCCUUGGGCUCUUCUCCAAACAGGAGGGGGCACGGAGCCUAAAACUGGAGCAGGAGGUAGAGAAGAAUAAGAUCUUGUCAGAGGCUCUGCAGACCUUGGCAACAGAGCAUCACGAGUUGGAGCAGUCUGUCGUUAAGGGGUCAUCUCCACGCAGUGCACUCAGUGAGGAUGAAUUCUACGACGCAGUAUCUGAGUCCGACUCAGAGCAUUCUCUGAGUGGAUUUGAAACAGUUGCAAGUCAGUCCUUUGAGGAAGAGGCAGAAGACACCUCCGAACUCUUCUGUAGCGUCCGCAGUCACCCAGCGGGGAUGUCCCAGGAGGAUCGCCGUGGUGACGAGGAGGAAGAGGAAGAGGGGAUCUCCAGACCCAAUGGUUUGCGGAAACACAGAACAAGUUUGCCGGCGCCUAUGUUUUCCAGAAAUGACUUCAGUAUAUGGAGUAUCUUAAAAAAGUGUAUUGGCAUGGAGUUAUCUAAAAUCACUAUGCCUGUGAUCUUUAAUGAGCCCCUGAGCUUUCUACAGAGACUCACAGAGUACAUGGAGCACACGUACCUUAUUCACCAGGCCAAUGGCUCUACAGACUCCAUUGAGAGAAUGAAGUGUGUAGCAGCCUUCGCUGUGUCUGCUGUCGCCUCACAGUGGGAAAGGACCGGAAAACCGUUCAACCCCCUGCUUGGAGAGACGUAUGAACUAGUCAGAGAGGAUCUCGGCUUCCGACUGAUAUCGGAACAAGUGAGUCACCACCCGCCGGUGAGCGCCUUCCAUGCUGAGGGCCUGCAGAAGGACUUUGUGUUCCACGGCUCCAUCUAUCCCAAGCUCAAAUUCUGGGGAAAGAGUGUGGAGGCGGAACCCAAAGGCGUCAUUACGCUUGAGUUGCCCAAACACAAUGAGGCAUACACAUGGACGAACCCAACCUGUUGCGUUCACAACAUUAUUGUGGGUCAGCUGUGGAUCGAACAGUAUGGAAACAUAGAAGUAUUCAACCACAAAACUGGGGAGAGAUGCUGCCUAAAUUUUAAACCUUGCGGGCUGUUUGGUAAAGAAUUGCAUAAGGUUGAAGGCUACAUUCUGGACAAGAGCAAAAAGAAACUUUGUGUCCUGUAUGGAAAGUGGACAGAGUGUUUGUACACAAUAGAUCCUGCUACCUAUGAGGCACACAAGAAGAAUGACAAAAAGGCUGCAGAAGAGAAAAAGAACAGCAAACAAGUACCUGUUUUUGCAGAGUCAGAGGAGACCCCCCAGCCAGACAGUGACACUGUGGAAGUGAUUCCAGGCAGUCAGCUUCUGUGGAAGAUCACACCCAGACCAGCCAACUCUGCCCAGAUGUACAAUUUCACUACCUUUGCUAUGCAACUGAAUGAGCUUGACAAAGAGAUGGAGGAGGUCAUCCCAAAGACAGACUGCAGACUGAGACCUGACAUCCGGGCCAUGGAGAAUGGAGAAAUUGAUCUAGCGAGCGAGGAGAAGAAAAGGUUGGAGGAGAAACAGAGAGCAGCUCGCAAAAGCCGCUUCAAAUCAGACGAGGAGUGGAAGACUAGGUGGUUCCAACAGGGUCCAAAUCCUCACAAUGGUUCUCAGGACUGGCUGUUCUCCAGUGGGUACUGGGAUCGGAAUUAUUCCCAGUUACCUGACAUUUACUGAUCAGCAUUCCAUUAAAAAGUGAUCCUUAACUUUAAACCCUCAAUCUCAAUUUUAGCUAAAAGUGAUAAGGUGAGCUGCAGUUGUCAAAACGAACAAAAAAACAAAACAAAACAAAAACACAAAUGUGCAUAAAGCAAAACACAAUCCAUGGCUGGGUGUCUCAGUCUCAUUCCACAGAUGUUUUGUUUAUGACAAUAAGUUACUAAGUGCACUAAUCAGGGUUCUGAAGUCAGCAUGGAUUACUGCAAACAAAAAGUUACUUCUGUCAACUGCACUUUAUCAGUGAAACAAUGAACAAGGAACAAUGCGAGUUCAUUUCCACUUUUUAAAUGUUUUAAUGUAGCAAUGGGUCAGUUACACCAAAAAAUACCCAUUUUAGGCAUAAAAAAAUGAAACCAAUCAAAAAUGUUAAGCUAAGCUGACCUUAACAUAUUAACAUCAUGGUACUGUAAUU